AUGGCCCCGACACCUCCCUUGGAGAGCGACAGCAGCUCCGGCCGGUCGGCCUCGCCGGAACCCGCGACCAAGCAGAAACAGCUGGCGAAGGCAAAAUCGAAAGCGCAGGUCGAAAGUGACGAUGGAACUAGCUCAGGGUCGGACAGUGGAUCGGACAGCUCUAGCGACGGGGAAUCAAGCGAGGAGACCAGCUUAAAGGAAAAUCCGCCAGCUAAAAAAGUCUCGAUCCCCGGCCCACAACCAUAUAAGCCACCGUCGGGCUUCAAGUCCGCAAAGAAACAGCCCGCGCCAUCCUCGGGCUCUUCUUCUCUUAUUUCCAAUCUCCGCGGCAAGCAAGUCUUCCACAUCACGGCCCCGUCUUUCCUCCCGUUGUCAAAGGUCAAAGAGGUGUCGAUGGCCAAGAUCAUGCAAGGCCAGCCGAUCCUCACACACGAAGGAGUGAGCUACGGAAUCCCGGCAGAGACGCUCACCGAGGGCGAAACCCAAGAAAAAGCGUUGCUCGUGUAUGACGAGUCUACACAGACAUAUCGCAGCGCGGCCGACCAUAUCCCUAGUUAUCAUGUCCAGGAGCUGAUUGGGUUCCCGGGGACAUCUGAAAACGUGGACGCCGCAGUAGCAGCCCUCCGCGACGAGGUCAAGCCACACAGAGCUCAGCCAAAGAACUUGAAGAUGCGCUUCCGGCCUGUCGGAAGUCUACCCGAUGCACCGGAGACGAUCGGUUCCAGCUCAGAAUCUGAAACCGAGGAGCCCUCGUUCAAGGUCCCCAAGGGAGAUCGCGAGGAGCGAAAGCGAAAAUAUCACCACACCGAGGGGGACGCUGCUCAGGGGACUGCGCUGCCCCGGAAGAAGUCGAAGAAGCACUCGUCACAGGAGAAUGAAGAUGCACCAGACGAGAAGACACACAAAAAGUCCAAAAAGUCCCACAAGGACCCUGAAGAAAAGAAGCGGAAAAAGUCCGCAAAGGCAUGA